AAAUAUGUCUAAAAACAAAUUAGUUUUCGAAAGCACAUUUUCUUUUUCAUGCAAACAAUUGUUUGCAGCAUACAGAUAUAUUUUUGAUACAUGUUCUUCGUGGUACUGUCCUGCAGUGGCAUAUGUUUUCAGUCGAUUUCUCUGAGACUAAAUGGCUGAGUAUAUCACUUUGGUUAAUUUUACGUAAUUUCAACACUGAACAUUCCUUAUAUAUGCUUCAAAUGUGAACAAGAACUUUAUUCCGUUGUGGCACGAAGUCAAAUCAUUGGUAAAAUAACAUAUAUUGCAUAUUUGUCUUCUGAAUUUUCAAGUUCAUUUAAUGCUGAGCUUGACAGGCCUGAAGAAGCAGAAGUUGUAUGUUGCUUUGCUGACACACGCGUUCAGUGAAACUGAAAGAAAAGUGCUUGCCACUUUUUCACAUAAAUGACUGCAGAAAGAGGACGAGGAAAAGGAAGAGCUAAAAACAACUCUGUAAUGCUCAUUCUCAGAAGUGGAAUUGCAUGAAUGCCUUUAUGAGGAAUAUGUCUCUGACUAUGUAUAUAAGAAGCUGCUCGGACGUUCUUCUGGACACAACAGCUCAGAGAUCUUCAAGCUCUGCUGAACUUCUACAGAUUCUUUCUGUCAUCGUGAAGAAACAUCUUGAAGAAUGAGGACCGUGAUGUCUGUGAUGUUCCUGGUGCUCUUCUGCUCUGUGCAGUUGGCUUCAAGCGCUUCCAUUGCCAUUGAUUUGGCACAAUCUAAGUGUUGUUUUAAAUUCAGUGACGUGAAGAUCCCUGUGAAACAAGUGGAGUCUUAUUUCUGGACCAGCAGCAGCUGUGCCAGACGAGCGAUUGUGUUUCAGAUGAAAUCAGGGAAACAGAUCUGUGUAGAUCCAGACACCACCUGGGUCAGCGGUCAUGUUGAUAAAGUGGACAAAAGAACAACCAGCACAAUAACUACUACAAAAGCACAAGAGUCUAAAAGAACCUACGCCGUUUCUAUUUAAAAUGUAUAAUUCAUAUUGUAUAUUUAAACUUUGUUCUAUUUCCGGUGUGUAUAUAAAAUAUUUUAUUUACAGAAUAAUUUAUGUGGUUGUUAUAAUAAAA